AUGGCCUCUCCUGGGAGCCCUCCAGACAUCUUACUCAAUGCCUGCUUGGAUGACCAUCUGAUAGUCUCCUAUGACAGCCUUAGUAAGGAUCUGAUCUUUAAGCUGGAUAGAGUCAGUGCACCCAUGCAGAACUUUCUGGUUCAGCAGAACCGAGAAGAACUGAUGCGAUUAGAGGCAGAGGUCCAUCAGAUGCUCAAGGACAAGAUGAAGUAUUACAACUGGACCGAGGGGUCCCACACAGGGCAGGCCCUUAUGAGCUGUGAGACUGACGGGGGCAUCCUUGUGAAUGGUCAAUUGGGUAUUGCCUUUGAUGGUGAAGAUAUCUGCCAACUGGAUAUGAAGCAAGGACAAUGGAUAGUCAUAAAGAAAGAGGCUGAGGAUUUCUGUCCAUAUCGGAAAGAUGCCUUCUGGGACAAGGCAAUGAAAGUGGAUUGUCCCUUUUUCCUAAAGAUUCUCUUGCAGAUUGUGCACCUGAAGGAAAAAACACCCCCUGAAGUGUCUGUAUCCCGCCAUCACACUUCCGAUGGCAGCAUCAUCUUCUCCUGCUUGGCCACGGGUUUCUACCCUCGUUCCAUCCUUCUGCGCUGGGAGAAGGAUGGGCAGCUGGGUGUGUGGGGGCAGGAGAGCUCCAGUGGCACCUUACCCAAUGCUGAUGCCACCUACUACCUCCAUGUUACUUUGGAACUGCCACCAGGGGAUACAGGAAAAGGUUAUGCCUGCCUGGUUGAGCACAGUGAGCUGGAGAAGCCAACCGUGUACCCUGUUCCUGGAGAGACAAGCAGGGGAAGUCUCUGGGCCACAGCCCUGGUUUCCACAGCAGCUGCUAUCCUUGUGCUGAGCUCAUUGGCAGCUUUUAUCACAUGGAAAAAGAAGACAGGGAGGACCCCACUAAGUCAACUGGAGUGUUCAUUCUGACCUCUUUCUUCAUCUACUGCUCUGUAGGAGAAGACUGAGGGAGGCCCUCACCAUACGCUCUGAGCCAAGCAUGGGUUGCCGAUAGAUGCUUCCCACGUACUAAUGAUAACAAUGACAGCACACAUCUCUCUGGUGCUUUAUGGUUUUUAAAACAAUUUCCCCACAUGGCACACAGUGCAACAAGCAUUCUCUUCCUUUUACAGAUGAGGAAACUGAGGCCGGAAAGGUGAAAUGACUUGCCAAAGGCAAUUAGAAUUACAACUUGGGCCUAGGUCUUCUGGUUCUAGGUCUGGUGAUUUCCCCCCAUCAUAACAAGUCCUGUCUCAUCCCCUGGUAGUGGGGAAGGACUUAGGGAAGAGAGAAAGAAGUUACAGCCCUCUCCUUCAUCCUCACCAUCACCAUCCUCCUCACCAUAAUCCAAUCUGGGGCUCUGUCUGUGAAGGAUAUCCAUUUACCCGAGGGACAUAUCCUAUCCUCUGAACACAAAGCAUCUCCUUUAAGUACUGGACAAAUAUUUGUAGCUGUGUAUAACACUUGCAUCUCACCUUCCAUGGGCAAUAGAAUAUUUAAUUCCAAUCUAGAGGUGGCAGAAUUAGAGAGAAAGAGGACCUGGAGGAGGGCCGAGGAUAUGAAGCAGCUUUCCAUUAUGGAAUGGAAUCACUGAAUCGUUGUGACUGUCUUCCAUUACUGUCUAACCUUUGAGAACAAGGAGAAUGAGACAUAGCUGUAGUAUGUAACAAGAUUAGCUAUUCAUCAGGCCAAUAGGAAGAUGAAGAAAGAGAAGCAGGCUGGUGCAUUGAGAAGCUGGUUUAUAGUAGUCUGUGCUGUGUUGACAGUAUGAUGCUAUUAUGUGAUAGAUACAUACAACUCCAAGUGUUACAGUAAAUUAGGAACUUUUUACUUGGUGGUCAUGCUUUUUUGUUGCUAUUUAAAAAUUGAUCAUUUGAUUAUUUUAGUUUUCAACAUUCACUUUGAUAAGAUUUUGAGUUCCUCCCUCCUUCCCCUUUCCCC